UCUAUUUCAACAUUUCCUUGUUUCUUAGAGAGAAUAUACAUCUAUUAAAAAUAAGACUUCGCUGCUGGCUGGUGGAGAAAUACAAACUAUGUAUCCAGUUACACUUUUGUGUGUUUUUCUUGUUGCUGUUAAUGUCAAUGCCCUUGACAUUCGACAUCAUAAUUAUGAAGACAUGCAAAAUUAUCUCAAAGCUAUAUCCAACAAAUGUAGUAAUAUUACCAGAAUUUACUCUGUUGGGAAAAGUGUAGAUAACCGUGAUUUGACUGUUUUGGAAAUGAGCUUACAACCUGGUAAAUACAGGCCUCUGGUGCCCAAUUUUAAAUAUAUUGGCAACAUGCACGGUAAUGAAGUAUUGGGACGUGAAAUGCUUUUAUAUUUGCUGGACUAUCUUUGUGAUGAGUAUUUGAAGGGAAAUCGAACUGUUGUUGAUUUGAUCAGCAAUACAAGGAUCCAUGUAAUGCCAAGUAUGAAUCCAGAUGGUUAUGAAAGAUCAAGUGAAGGUGAUUGUGAAUCAGUCAAAGGUAGAGCAAAUGCAAAUGGUGUAGAUCUUAACAGGAACUUUCCUGACCAAUUUGUUAAAUAUAACCAAGAGAUGCAACCUGAAACUAAAAGCAUCAUCAAAUGGUUGAAAAAAUACAGUUUUGUUUUGUCUGCAAAUUUGCAUGGUGGAAGUCUUGUUGCUAACUAUCCAUAUGAUGAUGAUCCACAAAUGGCAGAAAUAGAUAGCCCCAGUCCUGAUGACGAUGUAUUUCGUCACCUGGCGAAGGCCUAUUCUUACGCACAUCCAAAAAUGCAUUUUGGCCAAGCAUGUAGAGAGUAUUUCAAAGAUGGAAUUACUAAUGGUGCCCAUUGGUAUAAUGUUGCUGGUGGUAUGCAAGAUUAUAAUUACUUAAACUCCAAUGCAUUUGAAAUUACUGUUGAGAUGGCGUGUUGUAAAUUUCCGAAAGCAAGUGAGUUGGAAGGAUUAUGGAAUGAUCACAAGAACUCACUGAUCACAUACAUGUCAAUGGUGCAAAUGGGAUUAAAAGGAUUUGUUAGAUUUUCCAAUGGAACACCUAUAGCUGAUGCCAUUAUAACUGUUACUCGUCCUGGAAAUGUACAGGAUGGUAAGCACCCAAUCAGAACAAGCAAACAAGGCAAUUACUUCCGGCUUCUUCUUCCUGGUGUGUAUAAUGUCACUGCUGUUGCAGCUGGUAAAACUAUUACGACAGAAGUUACUGUUAUUGGUAUACCUGCCACCAUUGUCAAUUUCAUCAUCAGUGAUGAUGCUAUUACCAGUCAAAGCAUUCAUGAAAUGCAAACAAGAGAAUUCUUUGAAGCAGAAAAUGCUGCAGCAAGUGACCAAUAUGAUGAUACAACAGAGAAGAGAGUACUCUCACCCUUGCCAAAAGAAAAGCACAGCAAAGUAAAACGUGAUAACAUGGCAGCUGCUGGUGUUAUUGUCAGCAUUGGUUUUAUUGUCUGCAUAUUAGCUGGUAUUGUUCUGUAUCGUAAAGUAAAAGAAUUGCGUGCAACAGAGAAAGGUUACCAUAAAAUAACCCCUGAGCAAAUAUAUACAGAAGAACCAUAAUUCAUGAUAUAAAUGAACUAAUUUAAAAUAACUUAUAUGAAAAGCACACAUGUAAUCAGUUUUAAUUUUAUGUUGUUUAUCCCUUACUUAGUUUUAAUUGUAAUUUUGUCAAUUAAAAACAAGACUUAAGCAGAGUAAUUAAAUUAUGCUUUUAAAAUCCUCAUGGAAAAAUAAGAAAUUCUUCUUAACUCUGUAAUAAAUUUUUGAGGGUCUAAUGGAUACAAUAAAAGUGUAAAGAAAACAUUAAGAUGCCCUUAUUUUUUGUUUAUAUAUUUGUUUACAUUUGUUUACAGUAACUAUAAUAAAUAAAACUAGAUUUCAUAAUGACUUAUUAAUUUGCUUGUCAAUCUUAUUGUUCAAGAAAUUGGUAGACUAGAAAACAUUUGUGAGUAUCGAUUCCCACAAUUAUUUAAAUUAGUCUGCAUUGUAUUAGCCUGUUCAAUGUUUAUUUUUUACACUGAAACUCAAAAUUUUGUGUUACAGAAAAAUUCAAAACAAUAUCAUUAGGUACGUUGUACAAGUAGAUUUCCACAAAUUACAUCUAAAAUAAAAUUAAUUCUAUUCUUUCAAGUAAUGAACUAUAACUUUCACACAGUGCUUUUUGUAGGAUGUGAUUAUGUUGUAUUUUCUGUUAUAAUAUUGCUUGAGUAUUUUUCAACAUUGAUUUUAAUAUUUAUAUAUUUUAUUUGUUUAAUUUAACUACAAUCGGUGACAACAAAAUUGGCACAACAUCACAUAAUUUUUAAAAGAAUUCCUAGACAACUUACUCACUUUCUUUAAUGUUUGCAGAAGGCUUGAGACUUACGAUCUUACGGUAUUUGGCUAAAUUCAUAAUCUCAAGCUGGACACUUCAUGGGACCUGAGAUCGAUUAUUCCAUAAUUCCAGCACGUUAAAAAAGUAUUCUAAAUGCUGCUUGGCAUAGAAGUAGGGCGGAGUGAUGGCCAACUUUAAAAAAUGUUAAAAAACUGCCAUUGUGCUGAAAUGUUUUGUCAUCAAUUGCAGAUGUUUCUGUUAGCACAUGAAAACAUUUAAUGGCGUAACUUAUUUAUUAAUUUCUGCUUCACAAGUAUAAACAAAUAAUGGAUUAUAAUAUCCCAUAUUAAAUUAUUUAAACAUAUUUUCAUGAAUGAGUGUUUUGAUUCAAGAAUUCAAACUCAAGUUAAGACUGGUGCUUUUAUUUAAUGAAAAGAUAUGUUUGGUCAUAGUUCGUCCUAUUAAAGAUAAUAUGCAAUGAUAUACAGCGUUAGCAGUCUCAGCAUGCUGACAUAAGCAGCGGGAUUCCCGUAGUAAAACAAUAUAGUCACAUGAUCUGAGGCGAGUAUUAGAGAUUAAAAUAAAUGCUGUAGAUAUACACAAGGCAAAAAAGUGGAAAAAAUAUAGAGCUUUAUUUAAUAAGCAAUUACAUGGAAAACACAGAUGCAUUGCAUUUUCAACGUAGUAUAACUUUUCAUAUGGAUUAUAUCAACGAUAAAUAAUUAGGCUUCGAAAAUCUUUUUUUUUUAAGUAGCUAGCUAAUUAUUUACACAUGUUUAGCAUCUUUUCAGUAACUUUAGAAAGUUACGUAUUAAUGCCGAAGAUUAUUCUGAAUAUAAAUAAUUUACUUAUUAGUGAAUAAAAGAUUAUACAAACAUUGUUUUCAUUUUCCCUAAAAAUAGAGCUAACCUACCAUGAGGUUUGUUCUGCUGUGUCUGACAUUUUGAUUUUUCUAGAGGGAAAUUGUUGUCGGCAUGGGUAGCAUGCAUUGAUUGAUAAAAAAGUUGUGGAAAAAACAGCUGAGUCAUUUUUUGUUUUGCUCUCAUAUCAUUGCAUAUUAUAUUUAAAUAAAUUGAAAAUAAUGUUUGAACUAACUGAUCUCUGAAAAAAGCUAGUAACAAAAACUGACUUGUGUAACUUUUAGCUUGUUAUAUAAUAGAGGGACUUGUUUAGGCAAAUACAUGUAUGGUGGUAACAUUAGUUUAUUUUUAUAUUUAUGUUAUUCUUAUAUCAUGUAAUUUGGAAAAAAUAUAAAAAAGGUGUGGUAAAAAAAAACAAAA